CCUUCCAUAAGAUGAAGAGCCUUGAUAGCUGGCAGCCAUAUCUCACCUCUCCUACCUGCAGCCUACAACCUUCUUCAUACGGCAUGCACCUGUUCCUCGGGAGCAUAAGUCUCACAAGAUUUCCCUGGAUGUAGGAUGAUAUGACCUUGAAGGGGCUGAGAAAAAAACAGAAAACCUUCUGUCAUCUUUCAGUCUCGUCCUUCUAAAGAUCUUCACAUUGAGAAGACCGUAAGCCCACCCACAACUUUAUCAAGACAUGAAUAACUCAAAGCCUUACCGGUCGUCCUCUGCCCAGACCCCCACUAUCAUAUCACCCACUUCCCAAUCCCCCUCUGGUCUAUUUCCUCCACCCCUAUCACCCACAUCCCAAUCCCCCUCUGGUCUAUUUCCUCCACCCCUAUCACCCACAAGCUCACCUAUCACCCCUCAAAGGGACACUGGCAGCUCCUUGGGGUGUCUUGUCAAUGACCGAGACCUGCACCUGUCGGAGCAUCUGGGGGACGGCUGUUUUGGGGUAGUCCGAAAAGCAGAAUGGAGGAUUUCCAGUGAAAGGACAGUGAAUGUUGCAGUGAAAACCCUCCGUGCGGAUGCCAGCUAUGACCCUGCGGUCCUUCAGGAUUUUCUGCAGGAAGUGAAUGCGAUGUACGCCCUGGAUCACCCUCAUCUCAUCCGACUCUACGGCGUCGUUCUUACACAGCCAAUGAAAAUGGUUACAGAGUUGGCACCUCUCGGAUCCUUACUCAGUCACCUGCACUCCUAUAACGGCGUGUAUUCUCUGCAGCUCCUGUGGUCAUAUUCCAUCCAGAUCGCCUCUGGGAUGAGCUACCUUGAGACCCACAAUUUCAUCCACAGGGACCUGGCAACUCGGAAUGUUUUGGUGAUCAGUGAACAUUUGGUAAAGAUUGGAGAUUUUGGAUUGACAAGGAUUGUGGAGACAAAUGACGAUCAUUACACCACGUCUCCCGGCCGAAAGAUGCCCUUUGCAUGGUGUGCUCCGGAGAGCUUGAAGUUUGGCAACUUUUCACACUCAAGUGAUGUCUGGAUGUUCGGGGUCACCAUGUGGGAGAUGUUCACCUAUGGACAGGACCCUUGGUUUGGUUUAAAUUCAAGACAGAUUUUAACUGCAGUUGAAAAAAAUCAUGAGCGGCUGGAGUGCCCCGAAGAUUGUCCUCCUGCUUUGUACAAUGUGAUGUUGAAAUGUUGGGCGUACAUUCCGAAAGAGAGACCAGAUUUUACCUCUAUCAUCAGCCUUCUCCAAGAGGUGAAACCUCUGGAGGUUAGGCUCCUUAAGGACGGUAACAACCCUUUCCGGCUGCCCCUGGAUUCUAGAGAUGUUAUCACUGUCAUUGAGGCUGGGUUAGACGCCAACCUCUGGAGAGGACAGAGUCAGCGGACUCUGAAGAUCGCAUCUUUUCCCGCUGCCGCCAUCUGCCCAGAGGACAUUGCCCAUGCGUGUACUUCUGUGCACUUGUCCAAUCGUCUGGAGAAGCUUUCUCUUAGGAAUGACGACACGCAGAAAGACAUAAGAGCCAAAGAAAAGGAGGGCAAAAGGUUCGGUCAGUGUCAAUAUAGAGGUGGAAAAGGAAUGCUUAGUCGAGGUAUGUCUAAAAGUAUGUUAAACAUCUCUGACUGGGAGGUAAAUGACAAGCCCCGUGGGAUGCUCACACCUGAGCCAUGUAGGCAAGAUAUGGACUGCAUAACACCUAUGACCCGUAGGUCCUCUAUGAGAAGAGGGAGUGAGCAGCCCCCGCACCUUUUAGUGGAUACUCCCCACUGCUCAGCUCCUCCCAAAACAACAUCCUCCAAGGAUCAGUUUCUGGUUGUGCCCAACACCGUGAAUUGCCCUAGACGGUCCUCGAGCUUCAAUAGGAGAGAACAAGUUUUGUCUCCCACAGCCUUGGGUCCAGGAGAGACCCCGAUUGUCCGUCGGCCUUCACAAGUAUCUACAUCUCGAAGAUGCAGCAGCAAGAUUACACACAGCGAACUGCAGAGACGGGUCGGAGAGGUGGAGGAGCAGGUCCAUGGCGUGACGCCAGAAAAAUGCCAGGAAGCGCUGCGUUUCUUCGGAGGGGACGUGACACGGGCUGUCCAGCACUUAAAGGUAGUUCAGCUGUACAACGUGACGCGGUACAGUAAGGAGGAGUGCCGCCAACUCCUGGAGAAGUUCAACUGGAACGUGGAAGCUGCUUCCCUUCAUAUCAUAUACAUAGGAAACCUUGCUAAAUAGACUGAAUGAAGGUUCUUCCCUUCGAGGAGAAUUCCCGUCUGCCUAGGAUGGUGCCAGGGGACGUGUCUUUAAUCACCGACCGGCCACCGCUUUGAGACCUGCUGGUUUUUAACACAUUAUUUUCCCUUCCUGGAGAUUUGUCUUUCAGCUGCACCCAGAUAACAGUGACAGAGAGAUUCUCCCACUCCAUCGAUUUGUUUUUUGCUAUUUUAUUGGCUCAGUUGCGUAAGGGAAGAGGAUUCGAGGUACAG